CAACGACCACCACCCUUCUUCUUGCUCCUCUCUCUUCUCGAGUCCUGAAACCGCUAGAGCUCCCCGCUCCAUUCGUGUCCUUACGAUGUUCACCACACUCAUUUCUGUCGCUCUCUUCUCCACCCUCGCCAUCCGGGGAGCUCGCGCCCAAGACUUUUCAAUCGAUACCCCUGUAUUUACGCAGUGCCAACCUGCAACUAUCAACUGGACUGGCACCAACAACACCCCGUACAACCUCAUUGUCGUUCCCAGUGAUGAUGUUUGCAGCGAGGAACUUGCUGACUUGGGUGACUUCUACAACACUUCCGCAACGUGGACGGUCAACGUUCCGGCUGGAACUGCCGUGACGCUCUCCCUGAUUGAUGCUCAGGACAACGAGGCCUGGAGUGGUUCUAUCACCAUCCAGGGCAGUGGUGACUCUUCGUGCCUCAACAGCACCGACGUUUCGUCGUCUCUUCUUCCGUCUGCAUCGGUAGCGUCUAGCGUCAUUUCGUCCGCUGUUGGCGGUGCAACUACCCUUGCGGUUCCUUCCACUGAGACCGCUACCGGUGUCGUCAAUGACGGUGCUCCCCCUUCCGCCACCACCUCUGCUGCCGUUGCUAUUGGUGCUGCCGGCCAGGGUGACAACCCCGGUGUCUCUGCCGGCUUCAGCAUGCACCAGCUCAGCGCACCGAUCAUGGUCAUGAGCGCCCUUGCUGCCAUCGUGCUCCUUUGAGGGGCUGGUUGUAUACCCCUAACAGUCCCCAUAUGAUGAAAUUCUACGUUGCGAAGCGCCGUGUAUCGCCCUUGUUGGCGCUGGCUUUUUGAUUCUCAUUCUGAACACCCAGGUCAAAUGGUUGUCAUCGUCGUAGGCGGCUGCUGGUUUCGGCUUGCGCAGUCUCGAGUCGAAUGCAACAUGAGCAGGUCUGUUGCAGCGUUGUCAAGCUGGAUGUACCUCUAUACCUAUAUAUCGGCGACUUGACAAUGAUUAUCCGUAUCU